GCGUUGACGCCGUACGUCUAUUGCCUGUGCUUUGGACCGGUUGUUUGUGUAUGUGAGUUUGUAUCUAUACAUAUUGUAUUAAUUAUAUUUGUCAUCGUUGUUACAAGCCGAGCUCAAGCCGUUUCUUUGCCGUCCACCGACGCGUCUGCAUCACACUGUGUACCUACUCCAAUAUAAUAUUAGCCUACUGCCUGUGAUACGGGAGUGUCACUCCUACGUCUGUAGGCCCUCAGUUUUUGAAAAUGGGUGCUAGUAAAGUACCUUUUACAUGGAACAAAUAAAUUGUUCAAUUAAGUUAUAUAUUCCUGGGCUCCAGUUUACUUAAUUGAAGCUGUGAUGACCGUAAUGGCAGUAUCGAUUGAUGAAAUACGUGAAAGCAUCAACAUGGCACGAGAAAUGGCACUGACAGGCAAUUAUGAAUCGUCAUUAGUCUAUUAUGAAGGCGCCAAAUUGCAGCUGGGACGAUUUUUGUCUACAAUUGAUAGUCAAUCUCGACGAGAGUCAUGGCGCAAUAUCCAGCGGCAAAUCAAUGAUGAGUAUGAUCAAUUAAAAGCUUAUACGAAUACUUUAAAUAAAUUAAAGCAAGUACGGAGUAAUGAAUUUGAAAGAAACGAGAGGCCAUUAAACACAUCUAGUCAAGCAUUGAAUAGAAAUAAUAGAAAUGAAGAUUUAUCACCAGUUGAUGGUGUAUCAUGGUUUGGAACUACUCGUCAACAAGUAAAUGGUAGUGGAUCACUUGAGUGGCCACCAGCCAAUAAUAAUGAUCCUGAUGUGUGGCCACCUCCAUCACCCGUAGAACAUAAACCAGCACCUCAAGUUAGACCCCAAAAAAAUUCCCGCCGCAACGAAUCUUCACGUAUGGCUAAUAAAACCCAAAAAGUUGGACUAACUAACAGUCGCAACAGUGCUUCUAAAUCUCAGAUAUCUAAGAAAGGUGAAGAUAUUAAAAAGAGUUCUAAAAAAGAAACCAAUGGUCAUACAAAUGGAAUGAGUGAUAAAAGUGAAAAAGAUAAAGAUGAAAAAGAAGAAAUAAAACAAGAAGAAAAACGAUUUGAUUGUUCCUCCUAUGAUCAAGAUCUUGUUGAUAUGUUAGAAAGAGAUAUUGUACAAAAAAAUCCUAAUAUCAGAUGGACUGAUAUAGCUGAAUUAGAUGAAGCUAAACGCCUUUUAGAAGAAGCAGUAGUACUCCCUAUGUGGAUGCCUGAUUUUUUUAAGGGAAUUCGAAGACCUUGGAAAGGGGUUCUGAUGGUUGGACCUCCUGGUACAGGAAAAACAAUGUUAGCCAAAGCUGUAGCUACAGAAUGCAAAACCACCUUUUUUAAUGUUUCCUCGUCUACUCUUACAUCCAAAUAUAGAGGAGAAUCUGAAAAACUUGUCAGGCUGUUAUUUGAAAUGGCUCGGUUUCAUGCUCCAUCAACAAUUUUUAUUGAUGAAAUUGACUCACUUUGCUCUCGAAGAGGUUCAGAAUCUGAACAUGAAGCAUCUAGGAGAGUUAAAUCUGAGCUUCUCGUUCAGAUGGAUGGGUUAAGUGAUACCUCAACUGAAGAAGAAUCAGGUGCAAGCCGUAUUGUAAUGGUUUUAGCUGCUACUAACUUCCCAUGGGAUAUAGAUGAAGCACUUAGACGAAGACUAGAAAAGCGUAUAUACAUUCCUUUACCUAAUAGCGCUGGUCGAGAAGCGCUACUAAAAAUAAACCUAAGGGAUGUGAAAGUGGAGCCUGAUGUCAGUUUAUCAGAAAUAGCGACUAAGCUUAAAGGAUAUUCUGGCGCUGAUAUUACAAAUGUGUGCAGGGAUGCAUCUAUGAUGUCAAUGCGACGUAAGAUAGCAGGUUUAAAACCAGAUCAAAUUCGACAAUUGGCUAAAGAGGAAGUUGAUUUACCUGUUUCUUUUCAAGAUUUUUAUGAAGCUAUUGCAAAGUGUAAUAAAAGUGUAUCGUCCGACGAUUUGGCUAAAUAUGAAAAAUGGAUGAACGAAUUUGGGUCUUCCUGAAACCUAAUGGCAGUUACCUAACUGUAUUUAUUUUGUUUGCCGAAAUGUGUACUUAUUUUUUUUUUUCAUCCUAGAAACCCUAGAAUCCGAGAUUAUAGUUAUAACUUAUGGCUGUGUUUUGCUUUUGAAUUAUAAAUGCUCACAACGAACCCUACUUAAAAAAAAAAAACUGAAAGGGUUAAUUUAUGUUUCAGUUUUUUCUUUUUAUUUGUGUUAAAGGUAAAAUAUUUAAUUUUAAUAUUAUUAAGAAAAAAGCUAUAACAUAGAUUUAUUAAACAUACUUAAAAAUAAAUUUAUAUUCUUGCCAUUUUUGUAAAAAUCAAAAUGUUUUUGAACACCCUUAAAAGUAUUUUUAUGCCUGAUUAUUUCAUUUUCUCUAAUUUAAUUACCUGAUUAUUUUAGACAAUGAAAUGCUGUAUUCAAUAUUAUAUAUGUUCAGCAAAAAUUG